CAGUUUCGUUUCGGAAGUUGUGGUGGACAGAAUCCUCACCAUGGUGCUGGUCGAAGUGAUAUUGUUGAGCGUGGUGUUACUACUUUCGGUUGCUUAUCUAUUCCUGCGCGAGAGACAUAGCUUCUGGCGCAAAAGAGGCUUCCCUUACAAACCCAACCCGAGUUUGUUGUUUGGUCAAAUGCAGGGCAAUGGAACCACCCGACAUGCAGCAUACGUCACGCAAGAAAUCUACAACUACGCAAAGGACCGUGGCGAACGGUUCGUAGGGUACAGUUUCUUCUUCAUGCCCUUGGUCAUGGUGUGUGAUAUUGAGCUGGUGAAAACGAUUCUGGUGAAAGAUUUUGCCGUGUUUCACGAUCGUGGUAUGUACAGUAACGCUCGGGUCGAUCCACUAUCAGCGCAUCUGUUUGCCCUGGAGGGUCACGAGUGGCGAGCAUUACGCCAAAAGCUUACCCCAACCUUUACAUCGGGCCGAAUGAAGCAAAUGUUUGGCACCAUGAUGCAGGUUGCGGAAGAAUUGCACAGACAUCUUCUAGCAAACAUUGGGCAAGAGUUGGAAAUGAAAGAAAUUCUAGCGCGCUUUACCACGGAUGUGAUCGGUACGUGUGCGUUCGGGAUCGAGUGUAAUACGUUCCAGUAUCCGGACUCAGAUUUCCUCAAGUACGGCAAACGCGUGUUCGAGCAUAAGCUGUUGGGUGUGGUAAAGAUGACCUUUGCUAUGCUGUGCAAGGACACGGCGUCGAAGCUGGGCGUGAAGGUUACAGACCCAGAACUGGAGAAGUUUUUCUUAAAUCUAGUCCACGAAACGGUUGAGUAUCGGGAGCGUAACGAUGUGCAGCGCAACGAUUUCCUGAAUCUGUUACUGCAGAUAAAAAAUAAAGGAUGUCUUGUGGAAGAAGGCCACACGGAACAGCCGGACAGUUUGACCGGCCUGACGAUGAAUGAGUUAGCGGCGCAGGUUUUUAUCUUUUUUGUGGCCGGAUUUGAGACGUCCUCUACAGUGAUGAAUUUUUGCCUGUACGAGCUGGCCAAGAACCCGGAUAUUCAGGAACGCUUGCGCGAGGAGAUCAACCGUGCGAUCGGGAGCAACGGUGGCGAGCUAACGUAUGAGACAGUGAUGGGGAACGAAUAUCUCGGGCAGGUGGUUGAUGAAACUCUUCGGAAGUAUCCACCGCUGGAAACUACUCUGCGAGUGACUGUCCAAGACUACACGAUUCCCGGCACUGAGCAUGUUAUCCCGCGUAAAGUGGGUGUUCAGGUUCCGGUGUUUGCCAUUCAUCGCGAUCCCGACCACUAUCCCGAUCCGGAAUGUUUCGAUCCGGAUCGGUUCACGGUUGAGCAGUGCAAGAACCGGCCGGCGUACACGUUUCUACCGUUCGGGGAGGGACCACGGAUGUGUAUCGGGAUGCGGUUCGGGUUGAUGCAGAUUAAGGUGGGUCUGGUGACCUUAAUGCGCACGUUUCGGUUCUUCUCAACCGAUCGAACACCUGACCGAAUCGAGUUUGACCCGAAAUCGUUCAUUCUCUCUCCCAUCGGGGGUAAUUAUUUGCGAGUGGAGAAACUUUGAAUUUGAAUAAGAAAUGAAAUGAACAGUUGUAUGUAUUGUUACUUUAAAAUUAAGCGACAAAAAUGGUGUUUGGUAAUCGAUGGUCAGUAGGAAUAAGGAAUGACUCCUGGUUUGUGAGUCCUUCACAAACAUCAGCGGAGCACAUCUUAUCGGAUGGUUGCCCGUAUUUGGAAAAUGAGCACCUUUAUCAGCUGAUAAUACCAAACACGUGCAUUACAAUAAUCGGUGUGAAAUUGAGUCACCCACGCAGCACGACUUCAGAAGUCACCGUGUUCCUUAUUUGGGAUUCGCUAUCUUCUUCAAAUGCGAUAGUGGAUUAAUCAUCCACCUGAAGCAGGCCCCCGUUUCAGUAGGCAACCGAAACGUUAGUCGGUGAGGCAGCAUAACCGAUUGCAUGUGUACGUGUGGGGCUUGUCUGCAAAAGAUUGCCAAAACGUAAAAAAAAAUUAUCUAUUUACCUCAAGAAGUCAAAAGUUGCACCGUCAUCGUGUAACGCAUUGUACGCACACCAAUAAAUACGUCAAAGUACAUAUCUGCUCUGAAGAUACGCCAAAUAAAGAGUACCGCGAGCGGCCUUCGCGUCAGUUCA